AUGGAGGUUGAAAAUAUUGUUUUAAAUUCUGUUAAAGAAAUACAUAGAAGGAAAAAGAAAGCUGACUAUGACAGCAUAGUAACUAACACAAAAGACUUGCAUCCUGAAAUUAUUGAGCAAACGCUAAAAGAUUUAUGUCAACAGAAUAUAUUAAACAAAACGGAGAGAAAUGGUACAGAAAGUUAUUUAUUUGUGAAACAAGUAGAAGAGGAGAAAGAAAAUAGCACAGACGAAUCUUUUUCAGAGGAAAAGAAAGAUGUUGUUGACGAUUUAAUCGAAGAUAAAAAAUUUAUUUCGUAUAAACUGAGCAAGAUCGGGGACAACUCGUCAAAUAUAUUAAUUAAACAACUGAGGAGUGAAAUAGAUUUCCUUAAAGAAGAAAUAAAGGAUUACAAAAAAUUGGUUAGCGAAAUUUUAAACAGUAAUCAACGUGAUCAUUCAGUUGAAACGUGUAAACAUGUGGAACCGAUUAAACAGCAUAAUCAAUGGAACAACGUAAUCAAAGGUCCCUCAAGGUUUUCUACAAAUAAAGUUAAUAGAAAUGAAGAAUUACAUCAUAACAGAUUUAACGACCUAAGAGUUGAAGUUAAUGACGAUUCUAAUCAACAAAGUUGGGGUGAUCAAGAUUGUAAUUUUACGAAGGAGAGUCAAAAUACGCACCACGUAGAUGUUAACAACCAUAUUCGUUCGUCAAAUAUCUUUAAAAAUAAUGUAACACACAGACGAAGACCCAACCCUGUUAUCAAUCCGUUUCCCGAAAGAGAUCAAUUAGCUACGAAUCUUGAGCAUCAAAAUGUACACCAUUCUAAGAAGAUACGGAUAAUGACCGAUAGUAUACCAAAAGGUAUUCGAGUGAAAGAAUUUAAUGAGCAAAUAAAAAAUGGAAAUGUGAGAUUUAAGAUAUUCCCAGGAGCAAGUGUCGAAAACUUAAAUUAUUACGUACAACCAACACUGGAACAAGAAAAACCUGAUAUUGUCGUUAUCCAUGUAGGAAUCAACAAUCUUUUAUCAAGUCAUCUAAAUGCAGCGUCAGAUAACAAAAUUGCCGAACAAAUCCUGGACAUCGGAAAAAAAUGUGUGCAGAAGGAUCCGAUCUACACGGUUAUGGCUACAUCAGACACAACAAUAUCAGAGAAGAACACCUAUGGAAAGAUGGCAUACAUUUACGAGAGAAUGAUCAGCAGGGAUUUCCUACUCAGCAGAAAAGUUGUGUUCAAGCUGGAUGCCUAUGCAUUCUAUUAUGAUAGUACUGGUUGUUGUUCUAGCGGUUAUUGCUCUAGCGGUUAUUGCUUUUACUGCAAUCUGUUGUGUUUAUACACUCAAAAAUGGUGUUCAAAAAAUCACGACUAA